UUCAGUCUGCCCCAAUUCACUCAUCGGUUGGCGAAAAAUCGCCAGGACAAAACACGCAACAACUGGCGAGGUUUUUGGGCAAACUCGAGCAAAUACAAUGUCCCGUUUCUUCACAAUAACUUUGGCCACGCUCGUUAUUAUUUCAUCAAACGACAGUCCUUUUGGUAGGAGAUUUUUGAGACGUUCUCGGCAAAAGCGUGCACCGUUAGAUACAAGAUACAUGGACAUAGUAAGAGAGGCACUGCAUUCUCUUGCGGUGAACAAGGAAAAUAACCACAACUUUCUUCGCGCAAUUCACGAAAUCGAGAAAGCCCUGUCGAGCAUGCAAGCAAGAAAAGCAUUGCUCGCAUUGGAUGAGGAAGAAUCUCGAAAAUUCAUGAAAAUCUUAGAACUUUCCGCCAAGUCAGGAAAUAUCAAAAACUUUCGCGAAGUUCUUGGCCGUGUACUGCUUCAAAACUUAACGCGAUUGCACAAAAUGAUCAUCGGAGCUACGGACGACGCAAGAGCACUUUUGGACGGAGCGAAAGCAUUUUUGAAUAACAUUAAGGCGAAAAUAGGCCGAGAACAAUUUGAGAAUCUCGUUAGCAUAAAUGGCGAGGUAACCCUGGUGUUUGUGAUUGACUCGACUGGUAGUAUGAAAGAAGAUAUCAUUGCAGCCAAGGCAAUCGCUCAAGAAAUCAUUUUUCACAAAAGGAUAGUGCCAGUUGAUUUCAUUUUAUCGACGUUUAGGGAUCCAGAUGUCGAUCCUGUUGUGUAUCACGACGAAAACCAUCUCCAUGAUGCAGUAACAGCCAUCGAAAACAUAACUGCUGACGGAGGAGGCGAUUGUCCCGAGAUGACUUUCCAAGGAAUACUCGAAGCUCUAUACUACAGUCCAAUACCUGGAUCCGCCAUGUACGUAUUUACAGAUGCCUAUGCAAAAGACGACACGAUUGAAAAUAUAGAAACAGUGAGCGCAUUAGCGAUAGAUCUCGGUAUAUCAAUAUACUUCUUCACAAGUGGCGAUUGUGGUGGACAUUCGGAAAAGAUGGCCAGAUUCAAGCAGGUUUCUCAAGCCACUGGAGGACUCGUGUUUCCGUUGCAUAGUUCAAAAGAAAUAAAGAAAUUGUCGACACUCGUCAAAGACAACAUCGAAGGCGAAGCGACAGUGGAUCAAAACGCAGUCGACGAGACAACGGAGAAACACUACAACAUCGUCGUUGAUGACACCAUUACAAAGAUGGUCGUCACGGUCGUGAUGUCGAAAGCGAGGCAAAAUAUCGAGCUAUUAUCUCCAAACGGUGUGAAACAAAAUGUGACCAAGCGUUUUUACAUGAACGCCAUUUUCACCGUCAAAAACCCGACGCCGGGGAACUGGACACUAAAAGUACCGUCGACGGCUGGUGAUGUCGAAUAUCAAGUGAAGACGAUAAGUAAAUUAAAUAUCGACUUCAACUAUUAUUAUUUCAAGUAUCUGCCCAGAAUGAAGAACAAAAAUCAUAUCCCAGUGGCGCAUCCUUUACUAGGUGAAUACACAAUGGUGAUGAUAACCGUUCAAAAAAUGAAAGAAAUAGACAACACAUCUUUGUCUGUCAAUGUCUUGUACAAAAAUGGAACUAAAGUCGAGGGAUUUCAGAUGCGUCGAGUGGGCGACAGCGAAAUCCGUUACAUCGCAAGGAUCAAGGUUGACGAGGGCCCGUAUCGCCUGCAGUUAGUUGGGAUGACAAAAUCGGGAAGUCAAUUCACCCGGCUUUCUCAGUCGUAUGACGAAGGAAAACCGUUCCGUUUGAGAUUAGUUUACGGGCGGAAAUACGUGUUGCCUUUAGGGAAAAGCGUCAAUCUUAUUCUCUCGAUAGACAACCCGUCAAUGAGGAAAUAUGACUUCGACGUGAGCGAUAGUUUUGGUUAUGCAAUGGAUGUGACGCCUCAAGGAAGAUACACGAGAAAUGGAAGACCACGGCAUUUCAAACUGAGGUUUAAGGUUCCCAUGAACGCGACAGAACACAUCAACAAAACAAAUCGCGUGGUUAUUAAAGCAUUUGAAAAGCAAACCCGUAUUGUUAGCACCGUGAUUGCUCAAUUGCUUGUAACACCGACGAAUUUAGACUGACAAAACUCCGCACCACUGCUAAAACGACUAAUAAAGAUAGUGAAUGAAGGUAUAGCAAAGAGAGACAACUCCCAUUCAACUAGCACGUAUAUAUACGUUAAAUAUGAAAAGCAGAAUUUCUUAGAA